AACCCGUAAUUUAUAAAAUCGAUUAUUACUAUGAAAAUUGAUUAUUUGAAAACAAAUAAUCGAUUUAAAUAAAAAUCGAUUGUUCUUUAAUAUCCCUGACUUGAGUUGACACAUUUCUACUUAUGUCAUGUAUUUAAUUUAGUAAAUAGGAUUUCUUGUAAUGUAUAUUAUUUAAUCCUAAUUGAUAUUACAGAAUAAUAGAAACAAAAUGCCAAAAAACAAAACAUACGGAUUGAUUUUACCAGAGAAGCAAAGAAAACAGCCUGUGUUUCAAGCUACUCGUAAUGUUUUUGGAGGUGAUUCUGAAUCCGACGAAGAAACUAAUAAGAAACUUGCACUGUUACGGCCAAGUCACAACGUUAACAGACAGGCGAAAAUUGCACAAGAAAAUGCAAUUAAAGAAGAUCCAACUGUCUACCAGUACGAUGAGGUAUAUGAUUCUAUGUCAAAUCAGAAAGAAGAGAAAAAAGCAAAAGUGAAAGAAGACAAGAAGCCACGUUAUAUAGAAAACUUAAUGAAGUCAGCUAAUAAAAGAAAAAUUGAGAAUGAGAGACGUAUUGAGAGACAGAUUCAAAAAGAAAGGGAAAUGGAGGGAGAUGAGUUUGCAGAUAAAGAAGUAUUUGUGACAUCAGCAUAUAAAAAGAAACUAGAAGAAUUAACAUUAGAAGAAGAAAGAGAAAAACAUGAGGAGUAUCUAGAAAGUAUAGGAGAUGUAACCAAACAAAAAGAUUUAGGUGGAUUUUAUCGACAUUUGUAUGAACAAAAAUUAGGUAAUGGCAAAUCUUUAGAAAAUGAUCAACCAAAUAAACAUAUAGAAUCUUCAAAUGUAACCCAGAAAAAUCCAUUACUAGAUAAUUCAAAAUCUGAUCUAUCAGAAAUAUCAAGAAAGAGAAAUUAUAGGAAACGAAGAUCAUCAUCAGAUAAUAUGAUACAGCUUUCAGAAGGUGAAAUUGAUGAUUCAGGGGACGAAAUAAAUCGACUCAAUCUCAAUGACAUCAGAAUGGCGAAAAAGUCUAAGAAGAAUGAAGAGAAUGUAGAUGCUGAUUCAGAUUUUUCAAUAGAUGAAUCAAGUGAUGAAGAAAAACGCAAUAAUGAAAUUAAAACACAAAAUAAUAUUGUUUCUGAAGAGGCUUUUAAAAAGCCAAUCAAACAAAAGAGUGAUGAUCAGAUUGAAGUUAAGGCAGAGACUAAAAGCUUAGAAAAAUCUAAUACAAGUGAUAUCUCUCAAGAAAAAAAUAAACCUAAAAUUGAUAUUUGGAAGAAAAGAACAGUUGGAGAAGUGUUUGAACAAGCAUUGAAAAGGUAUUAUGAAAGAAAAGCUUCCAGAGGCUUUUAAUAAGUUUAAAAUAUGAUAAAAUCAAAAUACCUCGUAUUUUGGCUACACACGGCAGAGCAGAUGUAUAUAGUACUUGUGCUAUGUGAAUAGUGCAGGUAGCAUAUCUCCAAGAAUGUUGAAAGU